AUGAUUUUAGACUUAGAAUGUCGUGAGCCCAUUGCUCAAGAAGAAUCUGACGAGGAUGAACAAGUGUCACUUCAAAACAUGGCUGAAGUUGCACCUCCAUCUGAAAAUAUGGGCGAAACAGGACGAAUGGAUCUUAAUUCGGUCUUAGUGAGGCCGCCAAUGCAGCUCAACGACGUGAUAAUACCUUAUCUUUUUCGUGUUCAUUAUAUACCGAAUACAUUUGCAAUUAUAAAACAAUUUUAUCAACAAUUAGGAACAUGUUUUCAUCAACUAGAUAUGACUCCAUCAUCUUAUCUUAACAUAUAUCGUGCUCGAAAAGAAUUCAAUUUAAUGAAAUCAAUUCAACAUAGAUGCAAGAAAGGAAAAUAUAUUGUUCGAAUUAUAGAUAAGAAUGGUAUUCUUCACACUGAUCGUGCAACUGAUUAUGAAAAGAAAACAGAAGUUUAUCGACAAAAAAUUAUAGCUUAUAUUAAAUUAGAAUCUGUUCCAUUAUGGCAAGUAAUCAAUAAAGUUGUUCACUUACUCAAUGAUCUUCGUUCGAAGAAAAAAACGCAUUCUAUUCUGGUAACUUGA